AUAACCAAAACCUUCACAUUUUCUGUUUAAAGUCACAGGGAGAAGCCUCUCUCUCUCUCUCUCUCUGUCUGUGGUAGUCUCGCAUUUAUGCGCAAAAGCAAGAACACGCACCACCUCGAUCUCUGCCACUAGAAUUCCCUCGCUCGCAACUCAAACACACAGACAAACCCACCGAAAUGCGGGGCUCUAUCUUCCCUCUGAUUUCGGUCUUUGCCGUCGUGUUGGUCCCCGUCGUCUUCUGCGUCCUCUCCCCCAGCCUCCUCUUUCUCGAGAGGACCUUCCCUCUGUCUCACCGGCUUGAGCUCGACCACCUCUUAGCCCGGGACCGAGCCAGGCACGCCCGAAUCUUGCAAAGCUUCGUGGGAGGCGUCGUCGACUUCUCUGUCCAAGGCUCCUCCGAUCCUUACGUUGUCGGGCUUUAUUUCACAAAAGUUAAAUUGGGCACUCCUCCAAAAGAAUUUAAUGUACAGAUUGAUACUGGAAGUGAUAUCUUGUGGGUUACGUGCAACUCCUGCAGUGAUUGCCCCCAAUCUAGUGGGCUUGGGGUUCAGCUCAAUUUAUUUGAUGCUGCCAGUUCAUCAACUGCUCGGCUGGUCCCCUGCUCAGAUCCAAUGUGCACUUCUGCAUUGCAAACUUCAUCGACUCAAUGCUCUCAGAGUAAUCAGUGCAGUUACUCUUUUCAAUAUGGAGAUGGAAGUGGGACAUCUGGUUCUUAUGUGUCUGAUGCGCUGUAUUUUGACAUGGUUCUUGGGCAGUCUUACAUUGUUAACUCAUCCGCAACAGUUGUUUUUGGGUGUAGCACCUAUCAGUCUGGGGACUUGACUAAGACGGAUAAAGCAGUUGAUGGGAUUUUUGGUUUUGGACCAGGUGAUCUUUCCAUUAUUUCACAAUUGUCGUCUCGUGGCAUAACACCCAAAGUGUUCUCCCAUUGCUUGAAAGGAGAUGGCAAUGGCGGGGGUAUUUUGGUUCUUGGGGAGAUUUUGGAGCCAGGCAUUGUUUACAGUCCACUUGUCCCAUUACAGUCUCAUUAUAAUUUAUAUCUGCAAAGCAUUGCUGUCAAUGGGCAACAGUUGCCGAUUGAUCCUGCUGCUUUUUUAACAUCAAACAACCGAGGAACCAUUGUCGAUUCUGGAACAACUUUGGCAUACCUUGUGGCAGAAGCAUAUGAUCCUUUUGUUAGUUCUAUAACUGCAAUUGUUCAACAAUCUGCUCCCCCCAUUGUUAAUAAAGGAAGUCAGUGUUACCAAGUCCCCACCAGUAUAUCUGAGAUAUUUCCUCCGGUUAGUUUAAACUUUGCGGGCAGUGCAUCCAUGGUGUUAAAACCAGAAGAGUACCUCUUACAUCUUGGUUUUACUAAUGGUGUUGCGACAUGGUGCAUUGGUUUUCAGAGGGCUCAGGAAGGGGUAACGAUAUUAGGAGAUCUUGUUCUUAAAGAUAAGAUCAUUGUGUAUGAUCUAGCUCGUCAACGAAUUGGAUGGGCUAACUACGAUUGUUCAUUGUCCGUAAAUGUCUCGGUAACUUCUGGCAAGGAGUUUCUGAAUGCAGGACAGCUGAGCACGAGCAAUUCGUCAAGAGAUAUGCUCUUUGAACUGCUUCCUUUGGGCAUCAUGGGUGUCCUAUUGCACAUGUUAGUGUUGAAGCAGUUGGAAUUUUUGUAAUUUAAACCUUGGGGUUUUAGUUUUGUUCUUUGUUUAAAGGGGUAUUGGUUGGGCCAAUUCUAAUUUAUAGUGAUAGGUGAGGCUUUGAAUUGGUGCUAUUAUUUAGAUUGGGAAGGCAUCUGCUUCUGUAACUGUACGUCUGCUCAAGUUGUGAAUGCCAGGAAAAUUGCUCUUUCUCGUCUGAUGGGGAAAUUCGGCUGUCUACUAAGGAUCCUCCAUUUUUUUUUUUUUUUUGCCAGAAUUGUAAAUCAUCCGGUACUAGUCUUGUUCUUGUUCAGUGGUUGUAACGCUUGUCCAUGUACCAUUGGAAAUAAAGAGAAAAUUCAGUGUAACUACGAGUUUUUAGUUAAUGAGGAUGUCGAUUUUUAUA